GUCGUCGUCGUCGUCGUCUUCGAGUCCGUUCUGCUGUGGACGAGGGACGCUUUGAUCUUCAGAACAUCUAGAGCGGCAUUAGUCAUCGCCGCUGGCACAGUCAUUCACGUGAGCUUUGUGGGUUUGGAUUUUACGCAGCGGCGUGGGAAGGAGCACAGAGCAACUUAGGGUGAGUCGAUAGAAGGGAAGGAACGAUGGCUUCCGCUGCCGGAUCAGCGGAAGGGGCGCCGAUCACCACUUCCGCGGUGUUGAUGUCCGCGUCUAAACAUAUCGCAUCUAGGUGCUCCGUGGAAAACAGAGCGUUUCUGGAUUGCAAGAAGAACGAUCCCAAUCCCGAGAAGUGUUUGCAACAGGGCCAGAACGUUACUCGGUGUGUCAUCUCUCUGUUGGUGGAACUUAAUAGCAAGUGCCCAAAGGCUAUGGAGUCGUACACGAAGUGCAUGGACUACUACAGCAAUGAGUUUGAGCUUUGCCGGAAGGAGCAGCGGGAAUUUGAAGCAAGCUGCCCUCUGUAGGCCAUCUGGUGCAUUCGUAGGUGUCGUCGGAUCUUUCUCUUCGACUGACUCCUUCGGGGAUAUCAUUUAUAUUGAUUCAAAAAACUGGGAGUACUAGGAAUCAAUCUUGCUUUUCAAACUAAGAUGCAGGUGGCCCUUAGUGUUUGGACAUUCGUCCUUAUCAAAUUUGGAAGGUUUAUCUCUGCUUCCACCAUAGGUGACAUCCAAUCAUUUUAUUGGUGGUCAUUAGUUUCAAUAAGAGUGGACUAUUCGUAAGUGCAUAAUAAUGCUGGAAUAUUGUUACCUGAACAAACAUUCUUUGGAUUAUGCUAGCAAUCCUCUCUGCUCCUACUUUCUGUUGCUUUUAGAUGUUUGUGCAAUUCGCGUAUGCAGAUGGACAAAGAAAAUUUGUUCGCGUAGAUCUACAAUAGGACAAUAUCAACAAAGCUCUUUUUCGAUUUCAUCUUGCAAA